GUCAGUGGUGAAAGACGGUUGCUGUCAAAAUACCAUUUCACCGAACGCGGGGAGUCGUUUGCUUGCUUGGUGUAUUGCAACACAGUUUUCUCUCUGAAUAUUAGGUUCAUUCUUACCUCACGUAACUUGAUCAUCAUUCCAGGAUAUUCGUAGAUUCUUCCAAAGAUGUCGAAAGCUCAUCCACCAGAACUGAAAAAAUUCAUGGAUAAACGUAUGAUGCUUAAACUAAAUGGUGGCCGAUCGGUGAUUGGUAUCCUGCGAGGCUUCGACCCGUUCAUGAAUGUGGUUAUAGACGAAACAGUGGAAGAGUGUCGGGAUGGGACGCGGAAUAAUAUUGGAAUGGUCGUAAUCAGAGGCAACAGCAUAGUCAUGGUGGAAGCGCUGGACAGGGUGUAGCUUUAAGGAUUCGAAUAAUUUCUUAUUUAAUAAUAAAUAAAAGUAAAAUUGAAAUUUGUGUGAUGAACUA